ACAGCAGGAUGACUCGUAUAUUUUGCGACAGGACGUACAAGCACCGGCUCGCCGCCACCGUCGCUCCCUCAUCGUUAAAACAGCGCAUCGUGGGGCCGAAAAGAAACAAAAACAACAUCCCGUGUGUUUAUGUUGCAGCCCGCUGUUUCAUAAUGUGAUACAAUGCGCCCGUCGUCUGAGAGUCAAACAGCAGGUUUACUGGUGCGGAGGAAGACGUCGUAGUGCUGCAUGACUUGUGUGCAUUAGAAGGAGAAAACCUCCACAGCAGACACACAGCGCCUGCAGCUCCAUCUCAUCCCUGGGCUCCUGCAAGAGCCAGUUUUUUUUUGUGUGUUUUUUUUCUCCACAACCAAAUGACGCCGAGGAAGCAGAUCCCACAGAGGACUCCACCUGUAACACCUGUGCACUGUGCUGGGCUCCAGUAGCCCACCCAUGCCUGUGAUCCCCAUCCCACGGCGGGUGCGCAGCUUCCAUGGCCCCCAUACCACCUGCAUGCACUCGGCCUGUGGGUCGACGCACACUUCCAAGCUUGUGCGCACCAAGUACAAUAACUUUGACCUCUACCUGCGCUCGCGCUGCAUGUACAGCUUCCUCCGUUUCCUCCUCUACUUUGGCUGCAGCCUGCUGACCUCUCUGCUCUGGGUGGCGCUCUCCGCCCUCUUCUUUCUACAGUACGUCAGCGUGCGCGUACUUCUGCGGCUGCAGUACAAGCUGUCCGUCAUCCUGCUGCUGUUGGGGCACAGGCGCCUGGACUUUGGGGUCCUCAAUGACCUGAUCAUCUACAGCAUGCAGAUCACCAUGUUUCUGGUGGGAGGGCUUGGCUGGUGCUUCAUGGUGUUUGUGGACAUGUAGCUGCAGUGUGAGCAGCGUGGGAAACGUAGUGAGUGACGUGGAUGCUUCACACUGUAACUUCAUCCACAGGCUCUAGUCAAAGAGACAAGUUUGACGCCGACUCAGCUUCUUAUUGGGUUAGUUUCAGAUAUGAUAGAAUCCAACAAGAAUCUGUGUAACAUCUGUGUGUACGCUCCAUUAAUAAUCAGGUGCGACUCAGAGAAAACUUCCCAGUUGCUGACUGUUAACGACGAUCCAUGAUGUCUGAACACGAACAUGAGAGUCAAGAUUUGAGUCAUCAGGAGUCCCCAUUUGUAAUCUGUCUUUGCAAGUUUCAAAGGGCAUCUCGACUAGAUGCAAUAAUGGAAAAUGUGUGAAUGUCAAACUUAAUGUUGCAUGGAAGAGUGACCUAACACAUGACUGAUGUGUGAUGCAAGGCAGUCAGUCAUCUGUGCCAAAAUAAUACGAGUUUGGCUCCAAAAUGCAAAACGGUGCACCGUGACUUCGAUAAUGUCGUGUAUACACACAGCAUCGUGUAAACAUACAGAGGUGAAGCUGACACACAGUAACUUAUGGUGGAUUAAGUGACCAAAAACAAGUUGUUAGCUGUGUGUGUGUGUGUGCGCGUGUGCGUGGUUGGUGUGUGCUUUUGUGGGGCAGAAUAGGAAAAAAAAAGAAUAAAACUGACAAACUGUGUAAGUGACAAAUGUCAACUUUGUUUUUGUAAAGUUAUUAAAUACAUUUUCUGUUGGUGAAAUGUUUCCCUCGUUCAAAAAAAAAAAAAAGACGGAACGGCCUGAGUGAAUGUGUUCACUUGUGUUGUGUAACAACCAUGAUGGCAUGCCUCGGGCUGUGUCAUAAGAGUGUGUGACAGUUCAAAUCGAGAACGUCUUUGGGUCAAGUGUUCCAUCAGUCGAGAGGCGCUCUGACAGACUUCUCUGUUUAGCUUCCUCCUGCACGCAAAUGCCAGCCACCAGCGAGGCCGUGCUGUUUGUGCCAAGCAUAACAAUGGACAUGGCUGUGUCCCAAUCACCUUAUAUAGCCUCAUUUUCACACGGCAUCGUACGCUUACAAAACCUAAUGAGGGCCGCCGGUGGAAUGGAACUACAUUCACACAAGUACCGUGAAUACAGCUCAGUAAAUUUGAAGUUUGUUUCACGGCAAUUCCUAUUUCUACUCCACUGCACUUCAGAGGGAAUAUUAUAUACUUUAUAUUUGUAUACCUUUGUAUUAAUCAGACACCUGUAGGUACCAAUACGCUGAUAACCAUUAUUUUUCAUUCACAAUAGUUGGAAAAACCAUGAAACAGUGUUUUAAACUGCGUCCCAACUUAUUUU